GCAGAAGCUGCAGAUGCUCUGGGAAAGAGCCGGUUGGUAAAAGCUUGAGCAACAUUAUCUCCUUGGUCUUCAGACGGACCGUCAGGCUGUUUUCAAGGCUGGCUUCUCACAAGAUGGCUCCUACUAAUGUCAUUCAAUACUCUUCAGAAGCAGGAUGCAGAUGUCCAUUAGAGUCCGAGCUGCAUAAAGUGCUGCAGCAAAGGAUUAUGGUCCUGGACGGUGGCAUGGGAACCAUGAUCCAGCAGCACACAUUCGAAGAGGAAGAUUUCAGGGGGGAUGAGUUUAAGGAGCACCCUCGUCCCCUGAAGGGCAACAAUGACCUUCUUAGUCUCACACAGCCGGAUGUUAUUUACACAAUACACAAGGACUACCUGCUGGCUGGUGCUGACAUCAUUGAGACCAACACAUUCAGCAGCACCUCUGUGGCCCAGGCAGAUUAUGGACUUGAACACAUGGCUUAUCGUCUCAAUAAGGUGUCUGCGGAGCUCGCAAGGAGGGCAGCUGACGAUGUCACCAAACAAACUGGUUGUAAACGCUAUGUUGCCGGGGCAGUGGGUCCCACCAAUAGGACCCUGUCUGUAUCCCCGUGUGUGGAGAGGCCUGACUUCAGGAAUAUCACAUUUGAUGGGCUUGUAGAAGCCUACUCAGAGCAGGUCAGAGGUUUAUUAGAUGGAGGAGCAGACAUCCUGCUGGUUGAAACUAUCUUCGAUACUGCCAAUGCCAAGGCUGCCUUGUUCGCCAUCGACCAGCUGUUUGAAAAGAGCUACGAAAGGAAACCUAUAUUUAUCUCAGGGACCAUUGUUGACCGGAGUGGACGUACGCUGUCUGGUCAAACAGGAGAAGCCUUUGUUGUGAGUGUAUCCCAUAUUAACCCUCUAUGCAUUGGUCUGAACUGUGCCCUGGGAGCAACAGAGAUGAGGCCGUUCAUUGAGGCUAUAGGAAAAAGCACCACAGCUUUCAUUAUCUGUUAUCCCAAUGCAGGUCUUCCCAACACAUUUGGAGGAUACGAUGAGACCCCAACAGUAACAGCCUCCAAUUUAAAGGAGUUUGCCAUGGAUGGACUAGUGAAUAUUGUAGGAGGCUGUUGUGGGACCACUCCAGGACACAUCAGAGCCAUAUCUGAAGCCGUCAAACACUGUAAACCAAGAGUUCCUGCUGCUGAUAUUUAUCAAGACUACAUGCUGCUGUCAGGUUUGGAACCAUUCAGGAUUGGCCCUUUCACCAACUUCGUUAACAUUGGUGAGCGCUGCAACGUGGCUGGCUCACGUAAGUUUGCCAAGCUGAUCAUGGCAGGAAACUAUGAGGAGGCUCUGAGCAUCGCUAAAGCUCAGGUGGAGAUGGGUGCCCAGGUCCUGGAUAUAAACAUGGAUGAGGGGAUGCUGGAGGGGCCAGCAGCUAUGGCCAAAUUUUGCAACUUAAUUGCUUCUGAGCCAGACAUCGCACGGGUUCCUCUCUGUAUCGACUCCUCUAACUUCGCAGUGAUCGAGGCCGGGUUAAAAUGCUGUCAGGGGAAGUGUAUAGUCAACAGUAUCAGCCUGAAGGAAGGAGAGGAUGAGUUCUUGCGCAGAGCUGCCACUGUGAAGCGCUACGGGGCUGCUGUGGUGGUCAUGGCCUUUGAUGAGAAGGGACAAGCGACAGAUACAGACCGUAAAGUGGAGAUCUGCACUCGGGCCUACAAGCUGCUGGUCAGCAAAGUGGGAUUCGACCCCAACAACAUCAUCUUUGACCCCAACAUCCUCACCAUCGGUACAGGCAUGGAGGAACACAACGAAUACGCCAUCUACUUCAUCAGAGCCACCAAACUUAUUAAGGAGACAUUACCAAGAGCCAGAGUCAGUGGAGGGCUGUCCAACCUGUCCUUCUCCUUCAGAGGGAUGGAGGUCAUCAGAGAAGCUAUGCAUGGAGCAUUUCUCUACCAUGCUAUAAAGGAUGGCAUGGAUAUGGGGAUAGUGAAUGCUGGGAACCUACCAGUCUAUGAUGACAUAGAUAAAGAGCUGCUGUUACUGUGUGAAAACCUCAUCUGGAACAGAGAUGCUGACGCUACUGAGAAGCUACUUGCCUACGCACAGAACAACAUGAAAGGAGCGAAGAAGGUGGUUCAGACAGAUGAAUGGAGAGAAGCAAGUGUGGAGGAACGACUGGAGUACGCCCUGAUUAAGGGUAUAGACAAGUAUGUAGUGGAGGAUGUGGAGGAGUGUAGAGCUCAGACUGACCGCUACACUCGACCCCUUCACAUCAUCGAAGGCCCCCUUAUGAACGGUAUGAAAGUGGUGGGAGAUCUCUUUGGAGCUGGAAAGAUGUUCCUUCCACAGGUGAUCAAGUCGGCUCGCGUUAUGAAGAAGGCGGUGGGCUUUUUGAUUCCAUUCAUGGAGAAGGAGAGAGCCGAGAUGAUGGCAAUGUUGGGGUCAACUGAGGACGUGGAUCCCUAUCAGGGCACCAUACUUCUGGCUACAGUGAAGGGAGAUGUCCAUGAUAUUGGCAAGAACAUUGUUGGCGUGGUUUUGGGUUGCAACAACUUCAGAGUGAUCGACAUGGGUGUGAUGGUUCCCUGCGAUCAGAUCCUCAGAGAGGCCAUCAGACAGAAAGCAGAUAUCAUUGGUUUGUCUGGUCUCAUCACCCCCUCUCUAGAUGAGAUGAUCUAUGUGGCCAAAGAGAUGGAGAGACUUGGAAUGACAACACCACUGCUGAUUGGAGGAGCCACCACAUCAAAGACACAUACAGCAGUGAAGAUCGCCCCUCGCUACAGUUCUCCUGCUAUCCAUGUUUUGGACGCCUCCAGGAGCGUGGUGGUGUGCUCACAGCUCCUGGAUGAGGCAGCGAAGGAGGAGUAUUUUGAGGACCUGAAAGAAGAGUAUGAGGAGAUCAGACAGGAGCAUUACGAGUCCCUGAAGGAUCGUCAGUAUCUGUCUCUCUCCCAGGCCAGAGAGAAGGCUUUUCAUAUUGACUGGCUCUCUAUGCCCACACCAGUGUGUCCUCAGUUUCUGGGCACCCGUGUGUUUGACUGGUACGACCUUAACAGUCUGCUGGACUUCAUCGACUGGAAGCCUUUCUUUGAUGUGUGGCAACUAAGAGGAAAAUACCCCAACAGAGGUUACCCCAAGAUCUUCAAAGACAAGACUGUUGGUCUGGAAGCUCGGCGAGUCUUUGAUGAUGCCCAGCGGCUGCUCAGCGAGAUGAUUGGCAGUGGUAGUCUGGAGGGGCGGGGUCUGGUGGGCUUCUGGCGAGCCCAAAGUGAUGGCGAUGACAUCCAUGUGUACAAAGAUGAUGCAACAGUACACACCAAGCCCAUUGGCACAUUUCAUGGCUUACGGCAACAGGUGCAGAAGGACAGCUCCAGUUCAGAGCCCCACCUGUGUGUGUCUGACUUUGUUGCCCCCGUAGACAGUGGUGUGGCAGACUACAUCGGUGUGUUUGCUGUGUCUGUGUUUGGAGCUGAGGAGCUGAGUCAACAGUUCCAGGCUCAAGGAGACGACUACAGCAGUAUCAUGGUCAAAGCGCUGGCUGACCGUCUGGCCGAGGCCUUCGCUGAAGAGCUCCAUGCUCGUGUGCGUAAGGAGCUGUGGGGCUACAGCACUGAUGAGGAUCUGCAGGCCUCAGACCUCCACAGAAUUCGAUACCAGGGCAUCAGACCUGCAGCUGGCUACCCAAGCCAGCCUGACCACACAGAGAAGACCACCAUGUGGAGCCUGGCCGGGAUCCAGGAGAAGACGGGUAUUUGUCUGACGGAGUCCCUGGCCAUGACGCCAGCUGCCUCAGUGUCUGGACUUUACUUCUCCAACCCUCAGGCGUCAUACUUUGCUGUGGGAAAGAUCACCAAGGAGCAGGUGGAGGACUAUGCCAGGAGGAAAGAGAUGUGUGUGGAGGAGGUGGAGAGAUGGCUGGCUCCCAUACUGGGUUACGAGAGUGAGGCGUGAGCACUGUACCAUUCCAGCAGUAAAGUUGACCACACAGGCAUCAGGUGUACAGCGCAACCAUUCCACUGUAGCUCACACAGGUUCUCACUGGCUGUUUACAAAGGGAUGCACUGAGCUGAUGCGGUCUUAUCACUGUACUCGUGUUUUUAUUGUACAUUUCAGAACAUUCAAAAUCUUCUUUAGAGCCCUAUGUGCCAAUAGUAUCACUGUUAAACACACACAGACAUUGUAUGUAAUGAUAAAGAGAUCUGUGUAAAGCAUUCCAUGCUUAUUUUGGGAAGAUCUAUCAGGUCUACAGAUGGGGUUAAAUAUUCUUUGACUUUUACAUUUGUGUUUUCCAUAGUGCUUCUCAAGAAAAAAAAAUCAUCAUUAUUAUUUUGCUCACAACAUUAUUAUUUUAGAAGUCAUCCCUGUGCUGGAAUAUGUUCAAGUUAGUCAGUAGCUGUGCCAACACUGAUUAUUUACUGUUAGUGAGACUUCAGUUUGCCAAUUAUUUAAACAUUUUAAAAAGAGUAUUCAUCCAUUUCCUAUAAUUGGGCAAAACAUCAAUAAUUAUGGUUUUCUCAAAGAGGGACUUCAAUAUUUUGGCAAUCCUGAGUAAAAUGAGAAGAUUAAUAUCAAUUUCAUGUCUGUGGUAAGCAUGGAUGUGGUUAGCCUAGCUUAGCAUAAAGACUGACAGAGAAAUGGGGGGGAAACUGUUAACCUAGCACAGCAAAAGUUAAAGCUUGCUCUAAGCCUCAUUUAUUUGAUUUUUUAAAAAUGUUUACACAAACAUAAAUGUUGAUGAACAACAAUUUAUCCAUCUCCAUAGUAUUUCUGUCUAGCAUUUCUGCCCCUUGCUUCCAGUCGAGAUGCUAAGCUAGGCUAACAACAUGCUUUCUCCAGGAGACUGGAGAUAGAUAUCAAUCUUUGCAUCUAACUCUUCCAAAGUAAGUGAGUAAGUACAUUUCCCAAAGUGUUGAAGUCUAACUUUAAUGAAGAAAUUAUCUUCAGGGAAAAAAAACAAAUAAUGAUAAUUAAGAUCAGUAAAUUUCUGAACAAAGAAGUAGUAAAAAAAGACAAAGAAUUUGUUGUUACAUUUUGUGGCAGCUGUCAAUAUAUGAUUAUUUUUUAUUACAGUUUUAUACAUGGUGGUACAGGCCAAUUCCUUUGAACUCAAAAAGUAUUGAGGUAAAAGACCCAAAGUGUGGUAGAUGUAUGUCAAAUGUUACAAUCUUUAAUGGAGACCUAAACCAAAAAGUAUUAAAGCAAAUGUAUUUACACUACAAACAUAAAGUAAACCCUGGACACAUGUGGUUUAUAAAUUGUUUUACAUAUUAAUUUAUUUCAGUUAAUUUUGAUUAUUUUAUUGAUUUUAUUUUACUUUUUUGUAAAAGUAACACCAACAUUUUCAGUGGUUUAUUAAUGUUAAUUACUUGAAAGGCAAACUAUUUUCUUUAAAGUGAUAAAGUUUUAAAUAAGUUAAAGCUUUAAUUGAUUUAGGUACUAAUUAAAAGGUUCACUGAAGAAGAAAAUUACAUAAUCCUUUUCUGUUAUUUCACUGACAAUUUUGUGGCUCUUUGUCCACCUUACAUUGAUGAUUUCUGUAAUUGUAAACAGUCAAAAUGUUAAACCUUGAAGGAUUAGGAAAUGCAGGAAAAACGAUUGUACCACCAUGUAAAGCUGCCAGUGAAACAAAUGUGAAUGUAAUCUUUGAUAAGAAACCAAACAGCUGUUGGCUUUAGGUUCCAUCCUGGUAAAACACAAUCAAUAUGUGCAUUAAUAUUAUGCAUUUACAAUCAAACAUGUUUUAUGUCGUUUCACUUUGUAU